CGGUUGCACAGUUUCUGUACAGGCGCUUCCUGUCGGGGAGUGCUCGCUAGCUUGUGGAGCAGUUUUGGUCAUGUUUCGGAGUGUUUUGGGUAGAUUGGUGACAGAAACAGUUCGUGUUCACCGCCAUGGGAAGACCGGUCCCUUAAACCAGAGGGUGACAGCCGCCUCGGUGUCGGUCAGGAGCCUCUCAGGCGUGAAGGACGAAGCGCAGCAGCCUUUUGACACCUCCCUGCUUGAGUUCCUGGUAUGCCCGCUGUCCAAGAAGCCACUGAGAUACGAGGCUAAAACCAAUGAGCUGAUCAAUGAGGAGCUCGGUAUCGCCUAUCCCAUCAUUGGUGGCAUCCCAAACAUGAUCCCUCAGGAAGCCAGGCUCAUCCAGAAAGACACCGAUACCUCGACCACACCAGUGCAAGGGUAGAAACCCCACGACCGCACCUUCAGCUGACCCAAACCAAUCAGACCGGACGUUGUUGUGUUUUAAUGGACUGAAAGAGACAGUACCUAUUUAACACUGUAACUGGACUGCUGCACAGUGAGAACUUGUACUCAGAUAUUUAUUUACUAGGGUAGUACCCUGUGUCAGAACCCAUCUGCA